UCAGGAUAUGGAUUUCACCCCUCAGCCUUACACUGUCCGGCGAUAUAUCGGGCCUCAAGGAGACUUUGACAUGGAUGAUGAGCUCAGCUCAGAUUUUACUUUACUUGGUGAGACAGGAUUAGGGGUGAUGGAGAACCUCAGUUUAAGACUUAAAGCCACAGGAUAUCUUUUUGACAUCAUGUCUGGUCAGUCAGAAGUGGACCACCCCCUCUGUGAGGAAUGUACAGACACACUUCUUGACCAACUUGACCGUCAACUCUAUUUUACAGAGGAGGAAUGUAAACAAUACAAAGAUUUCCUCUUAAACCUGGACAACUCCGAAGAGAAGGAGAACCUGGAGACUUUGGACAAUGAGCUGAAGCGGCUGGAAAAGGAGGAGACGUUGUUGAGGGAACAGCUGGAGAAGGUGGAGACGGAACGUUCGGAGAUGGCGAAACUGAUUGAAAAGGAGAAGGAAACUGCAAAACAACUGGAAGUUGAAGAAGAAAAAUACUGGCAAGAGUAUAACCAAUGUAAACGAGACCUUCAUCAAUUUCAAGAUGAUCAAAGAAGUGUCACCUUACAGCUGCAGUAUGCCCAGAGUCAACUAGAGAAACUGACCAAAAUUAAUGUCUUCAAUGCUACAUUCCAUAUAUGGCACAACGGUCAGUUUGUGACAAUAAACAACUUCAGGUUAGGUCGUCUUCCAAGUGCUCAGGUUGAUUGGAAUGAAAUAAAUGCUGCCUGGGGUCAGACUGUUCUCCUCCUCCAUGCUUUGGCCAAAAAGAUGAACCUUAAAUUCACAAAAUACCGCCUGGUUCCCUACGGCAACCAUUCUUACUUGGAGUCGUUAACUGAUAAAAGUAAAGAGUUGCCACUUUAUGGUUCUGGUGGAUUCCGGUUUUUCUGGGACACAAAGUUUGAUCAUGCAAUGGUAGCCUUUUUGGACUGCUUACAAGAGUUCAAGAAAGAAGUGGAGAAAGGUGAUUCCAACUUCUGUCUACCAUACAAAAUGGAGAAAGGACGUAUAGAAGAUGCAAACACAGAUACCUCCUAUUCUAUAAAAAUCCAGUUCAAUUCUGAAGAACAAUGGACAAAAGCUCUGAAAUAUAUGAUGACUAAUUUACGCUGGGGUUUAGCCUGGGUAUCAUCCCAGUUCCCCAAUAAGUGAUCUUCAAUCAUUUUCCUGACCCUGUUUCUGAUGAUAUACACUUCCUUCUGUGUAUUUCAGUUGAUGUUGAAAAUAAGGAAGAUUUGGAGGGAUUUAGCAUGGAAAAAUAACUAAGUCUGUCAUUAAGAAGAACCCUUUUGAUACCAAACCUCCCUAGACCAUUCCUGGUUCAAUGUUAUAGACUCUGGGUUUUAAAGUGAACGAAAUUAAAAACUUUCCAUUGAAAUUUCAUUUUUAUAUUCUAUUCCAAAGAUCAGCUGAAUAACGAUGGAGUUAUUUUACUAUAUACCUUAUUAUUUUUUAAAUUAAUUGAAAGAAAAACUGUGAUUUUAACUAAUAUGGUAACAAAAGGGUUAAAACUGGUGUUUGGAGCAUAAUUUUACAAAAUGUUCUUAGAUACAAUUACAAAGGAAUGCUGUAAUUUAAUUAAAUGGUGGGUUUCGUAUGGUAGAACCAAAGGCUGUAUCAAGCUAGUGUUGGUAUCAAAUAAAGGUUAACCCUUUAGCAUUUAAACUGAUCGUAUCCAGCCAAUAUAUCUGCCUCUUUUAUUUUUCAAACUGGCCAUCAGAUCCAACAUUUCACACCUACCCUACAAUGUCAUUGUAAAAAUAAACAAUCACAUCACUGAAAUCUUGAAGCCACAAGAUAAUGCAUAAUUAAUUCAAAAUUAUGUAUACAUUUGACUGAGUAAUCUGAAUGCUAAAGGGUUAAUAAUACUUUUAAUUCACCUCAUUAAGCUGAUUUUCUUUCAAUACUAUUAAUUUUUGUUUCUCCCCAGUGCAAUUAAUACGAAACACCCAAUCUAUACCAGCAUUAAACGGUCUUUCCUAUGGCUGAGUAUACCAUGCCCUCUUGUUUGGACUCUUUUCAUAACAUGUUCAGUUGUUGCAGUAGUCUUCCUGUAUGGCCAAACACUUGACGACACUUUAGUUUUGUUGUUGUUAACUAACAUAACAACAACAACACAGAUAUAUGUACUAGGGUCAAUUAAUUUGAUUAGAACUUUUUCAAAGCACUACUCCAGCAUAGCCACAGUCUAAUGACCGAAACCAGUUAAAGAUAAUAUUAUUAUUAAGACAGCAAGCUGGCAGAAUCAUUAGCAUGCCAGGCAAAAUGCUUAGCGCCAUUUCAUCUGUGUCUAUGUUCUGAGUUCAAAUUCUGUUGAGGUCAACUUUGCCUUUUAUCCUUUCAGGGUUGAUAAACUAAGUACCAGUGAAACACUGGGGUCAAUAUAAUCAACUAGUCCCCUCUCCCCCAAAAUUUCAGGCUUUGUGCCUUUAAUAGAAAGCAUUAUUAUUAUUUAGGCGCAUGUUAGACCAAACACUUAGUGGUAUUUCUUCUGGUUUUGCAUUUUGAGCUCCAAUACACCAAGGUAGACUGCUUCUUCUGAAUCAAUAAAAUAAAUACUAAUUGAGCACCGGGGGUCGAUUUAAUCAACUGUUCCCCAUCCCCAAAAUGUCAGACCUUGUGCCUACAGUAGAGAGGAAAAAUUAUUAUUAUUAUUAUUAUUACUGUUCUGGACUUGGGAAGAGUUAAUUCAUAUCCCUUUUAUUUAUUGUGCGGGUGUGUAAAUGUAUGAGUAUAUAUAUCAGUUUGUAUAUGUGUGACUGCAUGCGUGUAUGCAUGAACAUAUGUGUGCAUGUAUAUAUAUAUAUUAUCCAUUUCAGAGCACAUACGUGAAUGUAUGAAUGCAUGUCUGUAUAUAUUAUAUUUUUUUUUUCAGUUAUUCAAUCUAAAUUAAAAUAAAUUCUUGGCUGAA